CACUGCUCGAAAAUAAAAACACCGCACUCCAAUAUCUUACAUCUAGUCACCAAUGCCAACUCCUCGACAUGCUCUGAUAACGGGCGGUAGCCGGGGAAUUGGUCUGGCUAUCGCCCAACUCUUUGCAUCGCAAGGGUACCGAUUAACGUUACUCGCCCGUAACAACCGUAAUCUCGAAGACGCCCUAUCGACACUCCCGACUUCGCACCUCUCGUCCUCAUCUCCGCAUCGUUACAUCGCCACGCAUGCUAUCACAAAUGACAAGUUCUGGACGACGUCCGGGCUAGACGAUACCUUUGGCGCACAAUAUGAGUUUGAGGAUGCUAAGGAGAAGAACAUUGACGUGCUUGUGAAUUGUGCGGGGAUAAGCCAGAGUAGCUCGUUUGUCAGGACGAAGGGGGAAGAUAUCAAGGAAAUUGUAGACAUAAACUUGACUGCUGCGAUGCUGGCAACGCGGUUUCUGCUAUCGAAACGCUACAUCAAAGGGCGGUCGUUCAAAGCUGCAGAGACGGAAGAGCCUUUCAGCCCUACGAUUAUCAACGUAGCGAGUCUAUUGGGUAUGAAGGGCGGAGUUGGUGCGGUCGCAUAUGCUGCAAGCAAGGCAGGCAUGAUUGGUUUCACUCGAGCACUUGCAGCGGAGAUAGGACGAUCCGGUAUUCGAGUCAAUACCAUCGUACCCGGAUAUGUAAGUACAGAUAUGACUACAGACCUCGAAAGAUCCUCAGAUUUGCGCUCUAGCAUCCCAAUGGGCAGAUUUGGCAAGCCAGAAGAAAUUGCCGAUGCAGCGCUGUUUCUCGCGCGGAACCAAUACGCUCAUAAUUGCAUCCUGAACCUAGACGGUGGUCUUUCCGCCACAUGACUGCGCCUUCACACCCAAUGAUUCCUCAAAAUCCGUACCAGGUAUAUCCCAAGUAAUCCAAAGAACGCCUGGCUAAAGCUUUGCGCUCGGCCAAAUGAUUUAAAAGUUUUCGCA